UGCUGCUCCCUCGCCUGCGCUCCUCUCUCCCAUAGUUUCCAAAAGGCAUCUUUAAAGGCUGACGGGGAGCAUGCUGUGAGGCAGCAAGCAAAAGCGAGGCGAGCGGAUUGCUAUCUUUGUGACAGCCUUUUCCGCCACGGCAAGUUGCGUGCAAGCCGGAGAGCUGGACUGGACUGUGGUUUUCCGUGGACGAGGUGGAGGUGGAGUGAGGGUGGGGAGUGAGGUGCAAGCUGGACAGAUGGAGGAUGGCAUCCAGCACCUGGGACACUGCAUGGUUGACAUGAAGGAGCUGAGCGCCAACCCUGAAGGACUGAGUGCUGCUGGUAUGGUUUUAACACCAAAGGUGCAACAGCUGGAGUUCAGCCUCGCCUGUAAUGAUCUGGAGGCCCCAGGCAGAGACAGGAAGCCCAAUGCUUUGGUCCAGGUGGCUGUCAUAGAUCCCCAGAAGCAGCACCUCGUGUUCCACGCCUGCACAGAGAUAGUGGAGGCAAACAAAGACCCGCUGUUUCUGACAGGGGUGACCUUCCCUUCAGAGUAUCCUGAAAGCCCGGAGACGCUAGUCAAGCUAAGUGUGUAUGACGCAAAAAACAAGAGCCAGGAAUCAAGCAGCUUCCUGGGCAGUGCCACGUUUACAGUCAGGGAUCUGCUGAGAGCAAAAGAUGAACGACUGACCUUGAGUCUGAGGACGUCUGAUGGUGUCUGUGCAGCGGGAACCGUGGUGGUGAGUCGUCUGAAGAUGGGGGAGAUGGAGGAGGAGAACGUGGACCACAUCGGCACCAACACACCCUCGCAGAAGUGUCCCUUGGUUUGUGAUUCUGCUCACCACUCCUGCACUGACAGAGAAGAUCACCCACUAACUGGUCCAGUGUUCAGGAACCCGGUAUGCAAGGUGUACCGAUUUCAAACAGUGGACAGCAAGUGGAUGCUUGUGCGGGAACAAAUGGAGGAGUGCACGCUGUCGUUCAGCAUCCCCAAGCAGCUGCUGUCGCUCUACGUUCAGGAGGACAAGAGCAGGAUGCAGGACCUUAAGGACUUAGGGGAGCUGUCUCCACACUGGGACAACUUAAGGAAGGAGGUGAUGACACAAUAUGGAGGAAUCAUCAGCUCUUAUGAGGAGACUUUGGCUGAACUGGACAAGGUUACAGCGGAGUUUGAAAAUUUGUCACAGACUGAAAAAUGUAACUUUCCUCAGCAACUUAGCAUUGGAAAGUUUCGUUGCAAUUAGAUGUUAAAUAAAAUGCAGUUGAAAGUACACUUA